UUGCCAUCGAAUAAAUACAGCGGCUGCAGUAGUCCUUCCCUCACUCUAUCGACUCCCCUUCUCGCGCCGUUCCGACAGCCUUUCCGUCAAGUCGGCAAAACACGGAUUUGUCAAAUCACCGGCAAAGCACAGAAGAGCCACACGUGUGGAUCGGCGGCGGGGCUACCACCAUGAGCACCCAAUCUGACGGAUCCAAAGGGGACGAGAAGGACGAGGAGGCCAGCCAGCUGCUGCCAACCCGGACUCCCUCCGACGGCGGAUCCGAUGACGAGGAGGCCGCAUUUGAAUCCAGAGAGAAGAUCUCGAUCGUCCACACGGACGCCUUGGACGUAACCGACGACGGCGCCACCGUCCUCCCUUUCUCGUGGAAGAAGCUAUGGCUGUUCACCGGGCCGGGUUUUCUGAUGAGCGUGGGGUUUCUGGAUCCGGGGAAUCUGGAAGGGGACCUCCAAUCGGGAGCAAUCGCGGGGUACUCGCUGCUAUGGCUGCUAGCCUGGGCCACCGUCAUGGGGCUGCUGAUCCAGAUGCUCUCGGCCAGGGCCGGCGUGGCCACCGGUCGCCAUCUGGCCGAGUUGUGCAGGGAGGAGUACCCGAAAUGGGCGAGGCUGGUGCUCUGGUUCAUGGCGGAGCUGGCCCUGAUUGGGGCCGAUAUACAGGAGGUGAUUGGGAGUGCAAUUGCGAUCCAGAUAUUGAGCAAUGGCGUGUUGCCCGUCUGGGCUGGGGUCCUCAUCACGGCAUCAGACAGUUUCUUAUUAUUGUUUCUUGAGAACUACGGAGUGAGGAAAUUGGAAGCUGUUUUUGCAGUUCUCAUUGGGACCAUGGCCCUGUCAUUUGCCUGGAUGUUUGGUGAUGCAAAGCCCAGUGGAAAAGAACUUUUAAUGGGUAUCUUGAUCCCGAGACUUAGCUCAAAGACUAUCCGUCAGGCCGUUGGAGUAGUGGGCUGCGUUAUAAUGCCUCAUAAUGUGUUUCUGCACUCUGCUUUAGUCCAAUCGAGGAAGAUUGACCCUCAGAAGAAGGGCCAUGUUCAAGAAGCAUUGAAUUACUACUUGAUUGAAUCAUCGUUUGCCCUCUUGGUCUCCUUUAUGAUCAAUUUGUUCGUAACAACUGUAUUUGCGAAGGGCUUUUAUGGGACCAAGCAGGCCAACAAUAUUGGACUGGUGAAUGCGGGACAAUAUCUUCAAGAGAAGUACGGAGGAGGACUUCUCCCAAUUCUCUAUAUCUGGGGCAUUGGGUUGCUAGCAGCAGGUCAGAGCAGUACAAUAACAGGAACAUAUGCUGGGCAAUUUAUAAUGGGAGGUUUCCUCAACCUUAAACUCAAAAAAUGGUUGAGGUCAUUGAUUACUCGUAGCUUUGCAAUAAUACCAACUAUAGUCGUAGCUGUUGUUUUUAACACAUCCGAAUCUUCGUUGGAUGUUCUGAAUGAAUGGCUUAAUGUGCUUCAGUCUGUACAGAUUCCUUUUGCCCUCAUACCGCUUCUUACCUUGGUGUCCAAGGAGCAGGUCAUGGGUGUUUUCAAAAUUGGCCCCAUUCUUGAGAGAGCAGCGUGGACUGUGGCUUUAUUAGUAAUUGUUAUAAACGGGUACCUCUUGCUAGAUUUCUUCUUCUCUGAAGUUAGAGGACUCUUUUUUGGUUCCUUUGUCUGCCUCGGAACAGCUGCCUACUUAGCCUUUAUAAUUUAUCUCAUCGCUCGUGAGGGUGCCUUGUCUUCCAGAUGGGUCAAAUUAAUGCACAUCAAGCAGCAAGAAUUAACUCCACAGAGUGCCUUCCCGUUGAACAAGUUUUGACACUAAUGAUAUCUAUUCAAGCUACUCAUUCUAAUCUACCUGAAGUAGAAGCUUGUAUCCCAUGAUCUUUGUGGAACCAUUCUAAAGGCGAAGAAACAGAUUGGAUGAACCGAAGCCUGCACUGACAUUGCUGUAAGAAGGUGAAUCGAUCACAAACUUUAGAAGAUGCUCAUGGUACAAGCUCGUCGUAUAUACUGAAGUUUUGACAUGACAAAGGAGAAAUGAGGAGAAAUGCCUUGCACACAUAUGGUUUCGUCCCAAUAAGAUUUUCUCUUUACCUUGCGAAGCACGUCUGUAUAUAUGUAGUAAUGCAGAUUCAACGAUUUGAUCUGAUAUCGGACCAUUCCUCGAUUUUAUGUGUUGAUCUUUUUCUUGAGUUUCUUGUUUUUAGAGCAAAGCAAUAAGACUGCCCUGUGUAUUCGGCACAAAGAAGAUCGUUUGCGGUUUAAUUCAGGUGAAUAUAAAAUCGGUUCUUCCAGA